GUCGCGUGGGACGUGCAUGUUGGUGCGCACCGGCGCUGGUGCUCGUGCGUGUAACUCAGCUGGUCUCUGUCCCGAGACGAGACUUCACGAUCAGCUGUGAGACAGACUGGGGGACACGUCGCACACCUGCGGCUUAAAGGAAAUAGAUGGAGGGACUUGCGCCACAGCCGACCGAUUACUUCCCCUCCUCUCGUGGUCCACGGGGGAGCGCGUUUAUAAGCUGAUUUACCCCAGGGGAUGUGAAUACCUCCCCGGGAUUAGAAGGUUAUUGGGUGAUCGACAAUGCCCCGCGUCUCAGUCCGGCACUACCGGCUUUUGUUGGUGCGGCAGCGGACGCAGGACGCCCGGUUUUCCCCGGUUCAUCUCCAGUAGCUGCGCAGCCUCUGCUCCUGUGUCGCCCUCCCGGUGUGGAUAGGAUAAUAUGACUUCCUGGCUCCGCACAUACGGCAGCGUCCCUCUGUGUCUCCUGCUCUUCUGCUUGGUGGUCGCUGUCUGCGCACAACACUCCAGUGCCAGUGACAGUGUGUGCUGGUCUCCUAGCAUCACUUCUUGUAAAGAGUGUCUCAGGCGCGGACCACAGUGUGCCUGGUGCUUCAAGGAGGACUUUCUGGAUGGAGCGGUGGCGAGCCAGCGCUGCGACCUGCCGGUGAAGCUGCUCAGGAGAGGCUGUGAGCCGGAGUUCAUGGAGCAGUCAGAGGUCAAGGUGGAGGUCAACGCCACCACCAGCAGCACUCAAGUAUCCCCACAAGACAUCAGCGUCACCCUCAGACCAGGUUCCCAGGCCAGUGUAGUGGUGGCUGUGAAGCAGCUGAAGCGUUAUCCUGUGGAUCUGUACUACCUGGUUGAUGUGUCGGCCUCUAUGCAGGAAAACCUCGAUCAUUUGAAGACAGUGGGUGUGGCGCUGUCUCUUCGUAUGACGGAGCACUCCUCGGACCUUCAGCUGGGUUUCGGCUCGUUUGUGGACAAGCCUGUCUCUCCUUACAUCAACGUCCAUCCCUCCAAGAUCAGCAACCCCUGCAGUGAUUAUGAGAUCCGCUGUCGUCCAGCCCAUGGCUUCCACCACGUCCUGGGUAUGACUGGAAAUAUAAGCGAGUUCACGCGUGUGAUCAAACGCCAGCGCAUAUCUGGAAACAUGGACACACCUGAGGGGGGACUGGAUGCCUUGCUGCAAGCUGCUGUCUGCCAGAGAGAUUUGGGUUGGCGACCCGAGGCCAAACGUCUUUUGCUCCUGAUGACCGACCAGCCGUCCCACCUCGCCCUGGACAGCCGGGUGGCAGGGAUAGUGACGCCUAACGACGGCCUGUGUCACCUGGAGAACAAUGUCUACACAGGUAGCACGAGGCAGGAUCAUCCCAGUGUGGGUCAGUUGUCUGAUAAACUGCUUGAAAACCAUAUGUACUUGAUCUUUGCCGUGGAGAAGCAGCAGUACAAGUGGUACGAGGCAUUGGUGCAUUUACUUCCUGGCUCCUACCUGGGAAAGUUAGGCCUCUUCCAGGCUCCAAACCUCAUCGAGCUGGUGGUGGACGCAUACAAGAAGUUGUUGUCGGAGGUGUCAGUAUCAGUGUCAGUGGAGGACAAGGCAGUCAGCAGGUACUGGGUGUCUGUUUCUCCUCUCUGUCCCAAUGGAUCCACGGCGAAGGACCAGAGCUGCUCGGGGGUGCAGCCGGACCAGACGGUCUACUUCAAUAUCACCAUCGGCAUGCACUCUUGUCCCGACAAUGGGGAAGAUGAAGAUGUAAAAGUGGUGGUUCGACCAGUGGGUUACAACGAAUCCACCGUGGUUAGGAUCCACUCUAAAUGCGCCUGCAGUUGUGGAUCAACGAAGCGCUGCAAUGACGAAAGCCAAUCACCAUGCAGAGAAACACAAGGGAGCACCAAUCAGGAGCAGAGGCCGCAAAACGGACUAAUUCAAAACUCUGACAGAGAUUCAAACUGGAAUUGCCGAGCGGAUGGGUCUGAUAUGGACUGCAGUGGUCGGGGAGUGUGUGAUUGUGGAAGGUGUUUGUGUGAUGAGACCAGGCUUGGGACAGUUUAUGGGAAAUACUGCGAGAGAGACGACUUCUCCUGCCCGUACGAAGGGGGGUUGAUAUGUGGAGGUCGUGGUGUGUGUGUGUCAGGUGAGUGUGUGUGUGAAGGCGGCUGGACAGGUGAUAGCUGUGGUUGUCCCGUCUCCACAGCAACCUGCCAAUCAGCCAACGGCUUGAUUUGCAGCGGCCAGGGCUCGUGUGUGUGCGGCAAGUGUGUGUGUGAUGACCCGCGACAAACUGGAGACUUCUGUGAGAGAUGUCCUGCCUGCCAAAGCACCUGUCAAUCAUACUGGAAGUGUGUUGACUGCCACCUGUCUCACGGCCUCACUCAAAAAGAGGCGGGACAUUGCAACAGCACGUGUGAAUCAUUGGUGGGCUACAGGGAUGAUGUUCUAGGCCAAGCAGGGGAGAAGUGGAUUCAGUGUAUGUACAUCAGCAAUGACAGCUGUCGCUAUCGCUUCCAAACAAGCUCUCAGUCCGGUCAGACGCAGCUUCACAUAAGCACAAGAGCAGAGUGUGCCAGCAACAGCCGGCUGGUGGGAACGUUCCUGUGUGUCUGUGCUCUGACGGUGCUGUGCGGGAUGGUGGUGGUGGCUGUGUCCCGGCUGCUGCUACAGAAGAGAAACCUGACAGCAGCGGGCGCUGCUGAGGUCACAGUCUAUCACUGCACUGGAAAGGACCUGUCAUACAUCCCAACAAGCAACGAGAAGACAGUAACUUACAGGAGGGAGAGUCCACCUGACCGACCUGUCGAGAUGCACAUCCAGGAUUCCAAGAUGCCCCUGGGUGACCCCUGGCAGUACUAAGCAAAGACAGAAGAAAGUCAGUAUAGAGAAGAAAAGUCAAAUAAAGGCUUCUCUUCUGCUUCUAAAUGAUCAUUCAACUUCAACCAGCUGCACGUGGAGACUGAUAAUGAUAAACUAAACUAUGAAAACCUCCAUGGAAUCACAUUUGUUAAAUGACCUGACCAAACUUGUAUCGACUGUGUGAUUAAUGUGGCCAGUAUCCAGGAAAUGGAGAUGAAACAAAGAGCACAUGUCCUCCACCUCUUCUUGCUCAGUAGCAGUGGCUUUUUUAUCCAUGCAGCAAAUAUUGCUUUAACUUAUAGGUGUGUGUGUGUGUGUGUGUGUGUGUGUGUGUGUGUGUGUGUGUGUGUGUGUGUGUGUGUGUGUGUGUGU